UCAUAUCUGCGUGCACGACUCUCUCCUCCGCAGUGCACUGCUGGACAGCGCUGAGUGCGGAGUACAGGACAGUACAGGACAGUCAGCGCGCAUCAGCGAGGGCACGCGCUUUCGCACAGUCCUAAAGUCCCAAAAACAUCCACGCACGAGAGCAGCAGCCACAUGGAGCUAAAAUGAACUGUCGGAGGGCUGAUCUUCACUUCACGACUCACACUUACAGAUUUACAGUUUGAGAGGGAAGGGGCAUUUCAGACAUGGACACCUUGGUGUGGAUCUUGAUUUGUGGAGCGCUGGGGCUGGUGUUUGGGUCUAAGCUGGAGCGAGCCGUAGACGAGGAGUGUGAGUCGGGGAGUUACACUCACAGCGGGGAGUGCUGUUUGCAGUGUCCUCCAGGAGAGGGAGUGGUCAAGGAGUGUGGGGCCACCCAGACCGAGUGCAGUCAAUGCUUAGACAGCGAGACAUUCUCUGAAACGUUCAGUCACACAGAGAGAUGUCAGACGUGUAAAGAGUGCACAGGUCUCAUGCGUAUGCAGACCCCCUGCACCGACUCGAAUGACGCAGUGUGCGUAUGCAACUACGGCUACUUCAUGAACGACCUGAUAGCUCAGUGCGAGCCAUGCACCGUGUGUCCUCGCGGUGAGGGUGUGCUGUUACGCUGCGAGCACUCCCACGACACGGUCUGUGAGGAGUGUGUGGAAGACACCUACUCUGAUCGGGAGAGCUCACUGGACCCCUGCCUGCCUUGCACCAUCUGCGAGGAGGGGAUAGAGAUUCUCAUCAGGAAUUGCACACCCUUUGAAGAUGCAUGGUGUCAUGAUCCGUUGAAUCCUACCUAUCCCCCUUCCACUAGUGAUUCUAGUUCAUUUAUCACUGAUCCGAACCGUUUGUGGAGCCCCAGCCCCGGAGAUGAUGACACAACACCCAAACCCAGAUCUCCUCACUUCAUUAGUAAGAGGCUAAACGAGAACCUGAUUCCCAUCUACUGCUCCAUCCUGGCAGCGGUCGUGGUUGGCCUCCUGGCUUACAUCAUCUUCAAGAGGUGGAACAGCUGCAAGCAGAAUAAACAGGCAGCUAAUAAUCGCGCAGCCACAGCCAAUCAGACACCAUCUCCAGAGGGAGAGAAGCUGCACAGUGACAGCGGCAUCUCAGUGGACAGCCAGAGUCUGCAGGAGCAGCAAGCACAGACGCAGACACAGACGCAGACGCAGAUCGUGGUGAGAGUGGAUGGGGGUGGCUCAGCCUGACUCCCCCCAACCUCAGGCCUAAUCACUGAAGAAGAGGAAGUCGUGUCAUCAAUAUAACAAUAAAGAGGGGAUGAGAGAUUGGAGAAGGAAACAAGGAAGCAGAAAGAGAAGAAUGAAGGAGUGAAGCCAUGACAGCCAUCCAGCAAGGGACACCUAUACCAGAUCUUUGAUGCUUUUGAAGCCAGCACAGAAGAUACGUUGAUGAGCUGGUUCAGCAGCACCACAUCAGUGGGUCCACAUCAACGAUCAGACUCAGCGGCCUAAAGUAGCUACUUGUAAAAACACAAGCCUAUUACCCUUAAGAAAGUUCACCAUAAUGUAUACCGAAACCCACCACAAACUUUCAUGAAUGUUUAACAUAUACUGGGUUUCUCAGAUGUAUUAAUGUGACCUUGCGACACAAACUCUGGACGUCUUUGGCUUCACAAGAGAACGUAAAGAGAUGGCCAUCACAGGCUUCACGGAUAUCGCACAAUUUAGCAGCCGCACCAUGGUUCCUCCACCUGGAGCCUUCUGCCUGAUCUAAUAAGGAUUUUGUUUUUGCCUUAUCUUUGAAGCAUUAAUAGAUUUUGUCUAUAAUAUCAAGGCCCUUUAUUUAAUCAGAAUUGUAUCCAUUUUCAUUCAGCCAUUUCCAGGUGUGUGGGGGGGGGGGGGGUGUUAUAUGCAGUUAGAGCAUACCGGUCGCCGUCUUGUUUCAAAGCAGCUGAUCGCAGGUCAGUGUUUAUGGGCACGACUGUGACAUUUGUUGACCUUUACUAAUGUAAUGACUCAGAUCUAUACUUAGCUCGCCUUUUCUCUCUUUCACACUCUCUGUGACAGAAUUUUCUCUAUAAAACACACACAUAGCGUGUCAUAUUCCCUGCCUUCCUCUAGUCAUUGCAGUUCAGGUUUCAUUGCCUAGAUGUUCUCGCCUUUCCUCCUUGGAAAUCUGAGACACAAUGCAAACAGAAACCAGAACUAAAAGAGCUACAGAACUAUUUUCAAGUCAUCAUGCACUUUUAGAAAUAACAAAUCUUUAUGUUCUACCAUUAUUUUAGCCACAACAUUUUUCAGGUUUGAUAUGUCUGGAAAAUUUAGUUCUGAUUACAGAUUCAGCAGUCCAGGUUCUUAAACGUUUCCAUUAAUGAUCCUUUAAGUACUUUUGAGGAAACCUCAUCCACCCCCUCAAUAAUUUGUCUUAACUAUUUACUAAACAAUAAUACUAAACUAAAACCCUAUUUUGCUAAUAUAUUUUAAAGUUGUUUUAAGUUGAAUACUCCAAAUGUGUAUGUUUAACUACAUAUUGUCAUAUGAAUAAACAGUCAGUAACAACACUGACUUAAGUCUCACAAGCCUUAAAUAAAUAAGCCAAUAUCA